CGAGCGGCUCGACGCGCGUGCGCGGUGUCCGCCCACGGGGGAGAGGGAGGCGGGAGGCGGCGGCGGGGUGAUGGCGACGUUCUUCGGAGAGGUUGUGGUGGCUCCGUCGCGGGCCGGCGUGGACGAUGAGGAGGAGACCGAGGAGACGGCCGAGGACCGGGAGAUCCGCAGGGAGCUGCAGGAGAAAAGGGAGAUCGCCGCGCUCUGGACGCCGGGAGCCGCGGGGAGCCCUGCCGAGGAACCCGUGCGGUGCUCCAGGCUCAUCGUCGCCGUAGGACACAACGCUGUCGCUUUCCUGUCUUCUUUUGUUCUGGAUUCCAUAUGUUGGAAAGUAGUUGGAGCUGUGAAACUGUGGAAUGAAUGGUGUCAAACAACCAAUGCAACAAAUGUCCUCCCAACAGAUUCUUUCUGCUUGUUCUAUCAAUUAAUAUCAGAUCCAACAGUUUUGUUGUGCCAGUGUAGCUGCUAUGUUGCUGAAGAUCAGCAGUUCCAGUGGCUUGAAAAGGUUUUUGGCCAUAUAAGAAAGGAAGGUUUGCAAGUAACGAUUCUUUCAACAUGUCCUGUAGCUGAGUAUAAAACCCAGGAAUCCACUUUGACACUUCCAUCUCCGUUUCUGAAAGCCUUAAAGACAAAAGAAUUCAAAGAGGAGGUCUGCUGUCCACUGCUGGAACAACCAAACAUUGUGCGGGAUCUUCCUGCUGCUGUUCUGAGUUACUGUCAAGUAUGGCAGAUUCCUGCAGUAUUGUAUCAGUGCUACACUGAUGUCAUCAAACUGGACACGGUUACAAUUGAAGCAUUCAAGCCUCUGCUUUCUUCUAAACCCCUGAAGAAUUUAGUCAAGGAUGUAUCCGAAAGCACAAAGAUCUUGAAGAAGUUGCUGACAACCAGUGAAACUCACAGUAAUAUCUAUAUUUAAAGAGGACACUUGUAACACAGACGACACUUGUUUUAUACUCCACUUUCUUCCAUAGAGGACACUUUGGAAUUGUAGUUAUUUUUUCAAAAGUGGAAUAAAUUCUACUUGAUUUUUUUUUUACUUUUGAAUUCAUUUUUAUUAUUUUCUAGUUCAUCACAAUAAACACACAUUUCUCCUGUAAGGGAUGGAAGGCUUUCUCCAGGAGCAACUUUAUGAGAAAAGAUAUCUUAAAUAUGAAGAGCAAUUUCUUCUCUUCCUCCUGAAGGCAUUUUCUUACCUAAAUUGAUCCCUCUUAUAUACAAAAGAGUAAAUACGGUCAAUGUAUUCUGUCUAUAUCCUAUUUUUUACUUCAGUGUGAAAUAUAAAACUUUAAUAUAUUAUCUAACUUAAAGAUUUCUGUGGUGAAGAAAAUAUUACGUGCAUCUUUUUACAUACGUAUGUGUAUAUAUAUGUAUAUACAUUUUAAUAUAUAGUGAUACCUUUUAAGGAACUACUAGUGGAAAAUAGACAGGAUGCAGAGCUCAUUAGAGCUUAUGGAAGAGCUGUGAAUUGGAUUCACUGAGUAAAGCAUCACAGCAAUUCAGGAUGGCACUGCCUGCAGACUCAGGCAGGAAGAGAUGCCCGCAUUCGGUUCCCAUUGGCAGUAGCUCGCCAAAGACUCACAUUUCUUUGCAGCUUCAGUCUUGGAGUCAUGGAGGUGCAGGAGCUGGCUUUCUCUUCUGUCCGAUCUUGGGCAGAGGCAGGAACCGUCAGGGCAGUAGGCUUACAGGGUGCUUCAGCAGGAUUCACCAAACCUUAACGUUUCUGUUUUACAGACUCUUUUAUGUUGAAUGUGCGGUUUUUGGAGGAAAGUAGGCAUUUGAAUUCUAAAGUGUUUGAGAAAAUUCUGAAACUUACUGACAAUUUCAGCGGUGUAUUUAAGAUACUUGUUAAGAUUGGCAUGCAGUUCUGACUUGUUGAAUUAAACUGCAAAUACACGUUUCACUUAACAAUACGGUGAUUAAGAAAAGAUGCUUUGCUGGGGUUGACAUUGAUCAGAGAUCGUUAAAUUGCACACAGCUUAUCCUUUGGUGCAAAAAUAAAAUAGCAGCUUCAGAGUUCUCUGCUUCCUUUACCUUUGACUUACUCUGGAUGUCCAGUGAAACUUUCUGAAUAGUGUAGAUUCCUUUCAUAGAGCUGCCAUCGCUUGUGGUUGGAAAAUUGUUGGCAUAGUCAUUGUCCACUGAAGCAAAUAAAUCCAGGCUUCAGCAAGCACACUAUAAUUUCUGUUAAUUUGGGGUUUUAUUUGCUGUUUUAAACUGCACACUGUAUUGCAGUUGCCACUGUAAUAGAACAUUUUUGAUGUGGGUAUAGAGUUGAUUAUUACUCAAGACAUUGAUUUCAACUUUAGUUAAUAUAGCUAGAGUUAAGCAAGUAACUAUUGCUUGAAAUGGUACUCUGUUUUUGAAUAGACUCUUGAAGUGUGAAGUGAAGGAUAUGAUUCCUUUUUUUUUCUUUUUUUACUUCUACGUAGCGUUUUAAUUAAAACCUGUUUGUACAAGUGAUCUGAGUUGAGAAUUCUGUUGCUCUGGAAGAGUUGUGUGUUGGCUGCACUGAUUUCUUACUUGCACACUGAAUGUGUUUGGUUAAUAAUAAAGUAUGUAACAAGAAAAAUAUUUCAUAAAAAUAGGCAGGCUCUUACAGGAACUGUAAAUAUACUUCUAGUACUGUUGUUAUUACCUGUGCAGUGUUAAAAAUGAGCUGUAAUUCAGUUUUCACUACUUGGACUUACACUGAGAUGUGAGAACACUCUUAAACACCUUGAAUAAAAGUGGCAAACAAAA